GACAUCCAGUCCCGAGAGAGCUAACCCGAGCCCGCGCCGGACGGGCAGGCUGGACUGAGAGAACCCCUGAGCCGGUGUCGGGUGCCAUAGGCACUGGCGAUCUCACCAGGAAGGGACGGACAGAGUUAGAGACCAGCGAGAUGGCAGACGAGGCCUUAGCUGGGCUGGAUGAGGGAGCCCUUCGGAAGCUGCUGGAGGUCACCUCGGAUCUGGCAGAGCGGCGGCGCAUCCGUUCAGCCAUCCGGGAGCUGCAGCGGCAGGAGCUGGAGCGCGAGGAGGAGGCCCUGGCAUCCAAGCGCUUCCGUGCGGAGCGGCAGGACAACAAGGAGAACUGGUUGCAUGCUCAGCAGAGGGAGGCCGAGCAGCGGGCUGCUCUGGCGCGGCUGGCAGGACAGCUGGAGUCCAUGAGUGAUGUGGAGGAGUUGACUGUGCUGCUGCGAAGUGCCGGCGAGUACGAGGAACGCAAGCUGAUCAGAGCUGCCAUCCGCCGCGUGCGAGCUAAGGAGAUUGAGGCUGCCACCAUGGCUGGGAGGUUGUACAGCGGGCGUCCCAACAGCGGCUCAAGGGAGGACAGCAAGGGUCGAGCAGCCCACAGGCUGGAACGGCAUGAGGUGCCAGAGCCAGAGGAACGGGAGCAGCAGGCACAGGUCCCAGAGCCAACCCCAACCCCUGAGUGCACCAGCCAGGAUGUGACCACAGUGACACUCCUGCUGAGGGCCCCAUCUGGGGGCACAGCCAGCUCACCUGCCUCAUCCGACAGCUCCCCCACCACUGUCUCUCCUGAACCUCCGCCAGAAGCUGCCAAGGCCUCGUGCCCUGUUCCUGAGGCUCCAGGCAGCCCUGAGCCACCCCCCAGCCCACACAGAGCUACCAGCCCUGAGACCCAGGAGUCUCCAGCCACUCCCAGCACCAAGGGGCAGGUGGUCAACAAGCUCCUUCCUGGCCCCACAGAACCCCCUGCUGCCCAGGGCCCCGUCAGAGGCCCCUCCGACACAAAGAGAACAGAUCUGGCUGGAUCCCGGCCCUGCCAAGACUCCCUGUCCAUGCUCAGCCCGCGCCAGCCCACCCAGAACCGAGAGCCCACCCCCAUUGCCAGCGGACCUUCCCCGUUCCAGCGGGCUGGAUCCGUGCGGGACCGUGUCCGCAAGUUCACGUCGGAUUCUCCUAUGGCAGCCAGGCUCCAAGACGGCCCAUCCCGGAUAGCCCUAGGUUCCUCGACGCCAGCAAGGACCCUGGGCUCCUCCCUCACCAGCACCUCCCUUGCUUCCUCCUCCUCCUCCAGUGGCUCCUCCUCUCGGGGCCCCAGUGACACCUCCUCUCGGUUCAACAAGGAGCUCCGAGGAACAGCCCAGCCCCUGGCCCAGCUUCAGAGCUGCCCCCAGGAGGAGGGCCCCAGGGGGCGGGGCUUGACUGCCAGGCCCCUUUUAAACAGAGCUGGGGGUCCCCCUGCCAACUCAGAAGAGCCCAGUGCCCUGCUGCCUGUGACCGUGGGCACUGCUGAGCCAGGGAGCAGCAUGAAGACCACGUUCACCAUCGAGAUCAAGGAUGGCCGUGGCCAGGCCUCCACAGGCCGGGUGCUGCUUCCCACAGGCAACCAGAGGGCAGAGCUAACCCUGGGGCUGCGGGCGCCCCCUACCCUCCUCAGCACCAGCAGUGGGGGCAAGAACACCAUCAGCCACGUCAGCAGCCCUGGGACCCUGGCCCGGCUGGGCAGUGUCACUCACGUCACCAGCUUCAGCCAUGCCUCCCCUGGUAGCCGACGAGGCUGCAGCAUUAAGAUGGAACCAGAACCUGCAGAGCCCCUGUCUACGGCAGUGGAAGUGGCCAACGGCGCUGAACAGACCCAGUCCCGGGGGGACAAAGCACCAGAGGGGCGGAGCCUACUGAGCACCGAGGAACUCAUGGCUAUUGAGGAUGAAGGAGUCCUGGACAAGAUGCUGGAUCAAACCACCGACUUUGAGGAGCGGAAACGGAUCCGGGCAGCGCUGCGUGAACUCCGACAAAGAAAGAGAGAUCAGCGGGACAAGGAGCGGGAACAGCGGCUACAGGAGGCACGGGCCCGGCCAGGAGAUGGCCGUGGCAACACGGCCACAGAGACCACCACGCGGCACACCCAGCGGGCAGCUGAUGGCUCAGCUGUUAGCACCGUUACCAAGACUGAGCGCCUCAUCCACUCCAAUGAUGGCACACGGACAGCCCGCACCACCACAGUGGAGUCAAGUUUCAUGAGGCGCUCAGAGAACGGCAGCGGAAGCACCACCGUGCAGACCAAGACCUUCUCCUCUUCCUCUUCCUCCUCCUCCAAGAAAAUGGGCAGCAUCUUCGACCGCGAGGACCAGACCAGCCCACGCCCAGGCAGCCUGGCAGCGCUUGAGAAACGCCAGGCGGAGAAGAAGAAAGAGCUGAUGAAGGCGCAGAGUCUACCCAAGACCUCGGCCUCCCAGGCGCGCAAGGCUAUGAUCGAAAAGCUGGAGAAGGAGGGCGCCGCGGGCAGCCCUGGCGGACCCCGCGUGGCAGUACAACGCUCCACGAGCUUUGGGGUCCCGAACGCCAACAGCAUCAAGCAGAUGUUGCUGGAUUGGUGCCGAGCCAAGACACGUGGCUACGAGCACGUGGACAUCCAGAACUUCUCCUCCAGCUGGAGUGAUGGGAUGGCCUUCUGUGCCCUGGUGCACAACUUCUUCCCUGAGGCCUUUGACUAUGGGCAGCUCAGCCCACAGAACCGGCGCCAGAACUUUGAGGUGGCCUUCUCAUCCGCCGAGACCCAUGCGGACUGCCCGCAGCUCCUGGAUACAGAGGACAUGGUGCGGCUUCGAGAGCCUGACUGGAAGUGCGUGUACACGUACAUCCAGGAGUUCUACCGCUGUCUGGUCCAGAAGGGGCUGGUAAAAACCAAAAAGUCCUAACCCCUGCUCGGGGCCCCACGGGGAGAAACGCCGC